UUAAUAAUUGAUAUUAUAAUUAUUAUAAAGGAACUAGAAGCAAAAUUGUUCACGAAAUAAUGGAUGACAAAGAAAACGUAUCGUUACUAUCUAAUGUAUCUUCUAUCAAUGUACCUGCAAACGAGUCAGCAACAAAAGAGAUUGCUGAAAAUGCUGGAGAAUUUGGUGUAAAGGUUGAACCUACAGCCAAGAGAAAAUACUAUGUAGUUGAUAAGCAGACAGAGGCUGAGGAAAGGAGGGAAGCCGCUCUAAACCAAAUGAGAUAUUUGUUGUCUCUAUGCGACAAAUAUUCUGAACUUUAUAAAAAGACAUUGUCUACGGAAAAUUCAAAACAACUGAAACAUCCAAAACAGAUCAAUAAAUUUACGCAUACACUUGGAAAAGAAGACAUAGAAGGCAUCCAGUCUGAAUUGAAGAAUAAGCCCAAGGCACAAGCAGGCAAAGAUUUAGAUAUAACCGAAUACCUUACCUAUUUUCAAAAUGGCAAACUACAUCCAUAUCAAGUGGAAGGGGUGUCCUGGUUGUAUACUUUGUUCAUGAACGGCACCAACGGCAUCCUGGCCGACGAGAUGGGUCUAGGAAAAACCGUGCAAAUCAUAGCUCUAAUUUGCGUUCUCCUGGAGAGAAACGUGCCCGGACCGUUCCUCAUCGUCGCCCCCCUGUCCACCAUUCCGAAUUGGGCGAGCGAAUUCAAACGGUUCGCCCCGGAGGUGCCCGUGGUGGUCCUCUACGGCAAGACGGAAUCGAGACAGGAAAAUAUGCCGAAAAUGUUCAGAAAAUACAUCAUAGGCGCGUUGCACACUUACCCUGUAGUGAUCACGUCGUACCAGGUACCCGUGAUGGAAUCUAGUAAGUUUUUGAGGAUGAGAUGGAAGUAUAUUAUCGUAGACGAGGGACAUCGAAUCAAGAACCACAAAAGUCAAUUAGCUCUGAAAUUGAGAGAGUUCAAAUCCGAAAACAGAAUUAUAUUAACAGGAACACCUCUACAGAACAACAUGAUGGAAUUAUGGGCAUUGUUAAAUUUCCUUUUGCCUACCUUUUUUAACGAUAUGGAAACAUUUACCGAAUUGUUUUUAAUGGAAGACAUUCAGAAUGAAGGUCAGUUGAUAAAACAAGAAGAGUCUAAUAACUUGGUUAGUAAAAUUCACAAAGUCCUCACCCCGUUCAUGUUGAGAAGAUUGAAAAAGGAUGUUUUAAUUGAUAUGGUGCCUAAGAAAGAACUUUUAGUGUAUUGUCCUAUGUCGGAUCUUCAGUUGAAACUCUACCAAUCUGUUAUCGAUAACAAUUUUGCGAUAUUAACGGAUAAAAAAGAAGAAGAAGAG